AACCAUAUUCAAGGCAAUUAGAGUCCAGGAUUAAAUUAAACACUGCAAAUACCAACGUAAGAAGCAGCAAAGGGAAAUAUUUCAGUCAGGGCACCGAUGUGCUAAGAAACCAGGAAGAAUUGCAGUUCUCCCUGAGUCGAGAGGCUGUUAAUGAAACUCCUGUGUUCCUGUCAUUGACCUUGUGCAGUCCCUGCCUGAGCCAACCACAGAGAAAGCUUCUUGUGGCCAGAAGCAAUGACCUGCCUGCAGCAGUGGGCAAAGUGGUUCAGAUGGACAGUACUGAGCUACCUGAGCUGCUGUUAUCCCCCACAGGCCGAGGCACAGUUUCCCCGUGCUUGUAUGACAGUGGAGGCACUGCGGGCCAAGCGCUGCUGUCCAGCUUUGGGGCUAGAGCCAAGCAAUGUGUGCGGCUCCCGCCAGGGCAGAGGAUCGUGCACAGGGGUGCAAGCAGAUGCCAGGCCAUGGAGUGGCCCCUACACCCUACGGAACGUGGAUGAUCGGGAACGAUGGCCCCUAAAGUUCUUCAACCGGAGCUGCCAAUGCACAGGGAACUUUGCUGGCUAUAAUUGUGGUAACUGCAAGUUUGGCUGGACUGGCUCCAACUGUGAUGAAAAGAAGCCACUAGUUGUCCGGAAGAACAUCCAUUCCUUGACAGCAGAAGAGAGAGAUCAGUUCUUAGAUGCUUUAGACCGUGCAAAGAAUACCAUUCACCCAGAUUAUGUGAUUGCUACUCAACACUGGCUGAGUCUGCUUGGGUCCAAUGGAACUGAACCACAAGUUGCAAAUUGUAGUAUUUAUAAUUAUUUUGUGUGGCUUCAUUACUACUCCGUCAGGGACACCCUAUUAGGGCCUGGCCGUCCAUUCACUGCUAUAGACUUCUCACAUCAAGGGCCUGCUUUUGUUACCUGGCAUAGGUAUCACUUGCUGCUGCUAGAAAGAGAUCUUCAGCAACUGACUGGCAAUGAGUCCUUUGCACUGCCUUACUGGAAUUUUGCCACAGGUAGAAAUGUGUGUGAUGUGUGUACAGAUCAGCUUUUUGGAGCAUCAAGACCAGACGAUCCAAGCCUAAUAAGUCAGAAUUCAAGAUUCUCACGCUGGGAAAUAGUAUGCAACAGCUUGGAUGACUACAAUCGUCUGGUUACUCUGUGUAAUGGGACUAAUGAAGGGCUACUGAGAAGGAAUGCACUAGGAAGGUUGAAUGAGCAGCUGCCUACCAUGGAAGAUAUUCGGAACUGUCUUUCACUCCAAGAGUUUGAUAGUCCGCCAUUUUUCCGGAAUUCCAAUUUCAGCUUCAGGAAUGCCCUGGAAGGGUUUGAACGCCCAGAUGGAGCUUUUGUAUCUCCAGUGAUGAGCCUUCAUAACCUGGUUCACUCUUUCCUGAAUGGAACCAGUGCUCUCCCUCAUGCAGCAGCCAAUGAUCCAAUUUUUGUGGUCCUUCACUCUUUUACUGAUGCUGUCUUUGAUGAAUGGAUGAAGCGAUUUAACCCAUCUGACAGUGUUUGGCCUGAGGAGCUGGCACCUAUUGGCCACAACAGGCUAUACAACAUGGUCCCUUUCUUCCCUCCAGUGACCAAUGAUCAACUUUUUCUAACUGCAGAGCAACUUGGUUACACCUAUGCUAUUGAGCUGCCGGAGGCAUUUGAAGAAACUCAUGCUUGGGCAGAAAUGGUUGGUUCCACACUUGGAGGAGCACUGAUCGCUUUAGUUUUACUAAUUCUGCUGCUUGCACUCUUUCAGCACAGAAGACAGAGAAAAGGCUUUGAACCAUUAAUGAAUGUGAGCUUCAAUAGAAAAAAAUAUACAGAAGAGGGCUAGUGCUGUAGUGCCGUUUCUACAAGUACAUGAAAUAAAAAUGGACUUGAUUAAUUGAUCAGCCCUUAGCUAGAUGUUUAACUAAUAGGCUCACACACACUCCUUUGAUGGGUACAUUUUCCUAAUCUCAACUUCUUUUGUCACUAGCAGUCCUCGGGUUUAUGUCCUCAAACAUUUUGAAGCAAGACAUGAGGGGGGAGGAUGUAGCCUAAGACAGACUCUGGUCACAGGAAAAUGUUAGUCUAUCUGUAGUUUGUGUUUCCUAAGACCUAUUCUCCAUAGGUUUAAAUCAUGAUGCCUAAUAAUCCAAAAAAGGAGAAAAAGUACUUGAGAGAAGGGUGUGUGAAUCAUUUUCCUUCAGUCCGUGCAUAAAUAAAUACUACUAUAAUAGGCAGAAUUUCUUUAAUUAUAUAUCCUUGAAUAACAGAUCAUUCUACUGUUCUUAUGAAAGUGUUCUGAGUGAUGUUAUUGAACAAAUUAAUUCAAAGAUGCCUGUCUUGGAGGGGAGCAGAGGUCCAGCUAGAUGGCAUAUCAUAAGGGACCUGUGGAGCCUCAGAAUCUGUUUAAGCCUCAGUGGGCAUGUCUACAUUUGCACCUGCUCUGUUGUUACUGUGCCAUAACUGCACAAUCCCAGCAGCACACGGGUUGUCUUCAACCCUACUGCGCAGUAUCAACAAUAGGUUGCUACUGCUCAGUAGCGUUGGCAUCACAGUUCUUGCCAGCUGAUGCUAUGUCACGACAGUGACAAGUUGCGGCAUUGUAGCUCACCACUAUGUCAACGUAGCAUCUCAUGUAGACAUGCCCAUCAGUCCUUUUGAUUUUUACUCAUAAAAUAAACACCAAAAAUGCCUCUAAACUAAAAUUUCUCAGUGUCCAAUUAGGUAAAGAGCAGGAAUUCAUUUGUAACUAAACAGAGACACUUCUCUUUGACAGCAGCGAUCUGAGUCAGGCACUGACUUCUGCACUGGCCCUUUUUCACUUCGUUUUACUUUAGCUUCUUGGUCUAUAUUGAAAGAAGGGAGGUUGCUGGGAUUCUAACACAGGAAGUAGUCAGGGAUCAUAGGAAUGCAAAGAGCUCUCAGUAGCUCAGAGUAUUAGGAGUUCAGAGAUGCGGGGAUGAGAGUAUGUGGACUGAUGAUGAGAUAUUAGGUAGGAAGGUGAAGACGACCCCUAUGUAGGAAGGUGAAGAGGACCCCUACAUCCUUACAAAGGGCCAUAAUCCCAUACUGAACCUUUGGCUCAACUCUGACAGAAAGAUCAUUUGAUGUCUCUACCUGCAAUUGCUGUUCUUCUCGAAUCCAUACAUUUACACUCAUCAGUGACCAAAUACAUGUAUAUAUUAAAAUAUAUUGAUUUACAGGAUAGAAUAGCAAACCAUUUUGCAGGUCUAAUAGUUAAAUGUUCAGACAAGAUUUUUUUUCUGUAAAUACUGUCAGGUGGAGAAUAAAUCUAAUAAUUCAAAUUUUCCACUAAAUAUUGUAGUAUCACUUAACUGAUGUUGCUUAUGUUCAUUUUCAUUAGUGACUUAGAGAAACAUAUUAAUUCUUAUAAGUGUGGAAAAAGCUUUUUGCUGUUAAGACAGUAGACUUAGUGUGUUGCCCAAGGUUUGGAAUGCAGAUAUUGAACAUCUCACCUGGACAAGAUUCAGACUCUAUUGUUCCUGGGCUGGGGAUGGGAGAAAAGGAUUAUGUUAAUUUGUUAUUGCGUGAUUUUAUUUCUGACUUUACUAGAAGAAUGGCUUAGCAAUGAAUUUUUCCAUAUGGUCUUGAGAACGUUUUUCCUCCCAUAACUUAAGUGCUUGAGUGCUGCAUGGUUUUUGUCGCUUCUGUGCAUCUGUUUAUCCUUAUAUUAAUGGGAUUCGUUAUUGCUGUGUUUUAUAUAUGGUAACUUCUAUAGAAUUUACUUUGUUAUUUCAUAGAAAAAUGAUGGUUUGGUUUUGUAGAUAUGAGUAAAAGGUCAAUAUAGUUCAAGAUAUCUAUCCCAUUUUUUCAUAGUUAGAAAGAUAAACUCCUUUGUGGAGAUGUGCAGGUCUUUUUUAUAUACUUAGCUCAUUUCCAGUAUGUCAUCCAAUUAUCAUUUCUGCUAAAAAGUACUUGUUUCUAAACUACUAACUUUUGGGAUCUGAGAAUAUUUUAUAAGAUACAGUAAAUAUACUUGUGGUAUGUAACAAAGAUUUUACCUAUGAUUAUAUAAGUAAAA